AUGAAGCUAAAAUUCGAGGGUUUGUCCAAAUUAAAGCCGGAUGGAACUUAUUUAUUUAAAGAUGUUUCGAAAACUCUGUAUGAUAAUGAAAUAUUAACUAUUUCUGGUCCAAGCGGUGUAGGGAAAACUACGUUGUUGAAAUGUAUCUCCCAGUUGGCAGUAUAUGAAGAAGGUGCCAUGUUCCUAGACGAUAAAUCUCCCGAAGAAUACGGAAUUACGAAUUGGAGAACUCGCAUCAUGUAUGUCCCGCAGAGAGCUCCCAUAAUGCAAGGCACGCCGUUGGAAUUUUAUGGAGCUAUACAAAUGUUUAACUCACAGCAAAGGAACAAGUACAAGUACGAAGAUCCGGUUGAAAUAGCUGAACGAUGGAAUGUUAAUAGAGACUUAUGGGACAAAACUUGGAACCAAUUAUCAGGUGGCGAAAUACAGCGUAUUUCGCUAGCCAUUGCUCUAUCAUGCAAGCCGCAAAUAUUACUUCUUGAUGAACCAACAUCGGCACUAGACCCUACAACUUGUCUUUUGGUCGAAGAAACACUUAAAAAGUAUACUUGUAUUUGGGUUACGCACAAUAUGGAACAGGAAAAUCGUGUAGCCACUCAUCGAUUAGUGUUAAGUCCUUACGUAAAUGAAGAUGUGAAUGAAUCUGAAAGCAUACUGAUAGAUAUUUAG